ACUGCUUUCAAGAUGGCGAGCUUAAUUGUUGGAAGAAGACUCAGUAUUGUGAGAAAUUAUUUAGUUUUCUUGCGUCCGCAAAUCAGAGCAAUGGCCAGUGAAUAUGGCAGCGGAGAAGGAAAGGGAGGUGGAGGUGGUGGCUCCGUGAGGUCAGCUGGUGGUGCCUUUGGGAAAAUGGAAGCAGCAAGGGAGGAAGAAUACUUCCGAAGACUGCAACAAGAGCAGCUUCAGGCGUUACGAGACCAUCACCAGGAGUCAGUGAAAAAUCAUGAGGAUGACAUAGAGAUGCAUAAAGAGAGCAUCAGGAAACACGAGGAAGCCAUUGAACGUGCGAAGAAAAUGAAACAGAAAAUUAUUGAAACGAUACGUGAUGCUGAAGCAGCCAAAGAUAAAUAAACUGUUGUUGUGUUCAAACAAACUUUGAAUGCCACAAAGUCAUUGUGGAACACUGAAUGAACUGACUUUUCACUGUUUUGUUUAAUGAAGUGUGUUGUUGCUAUAUUAAAAAAGAUUGUCUCUUUUAUCUCUGGGAAAUAAAGCAA